UUUUAACUUGAAAGAAUAGAAAUUGCUUUCAUCUUCUUCUUCUCUUGAGUCGAAAGAUUACUACAUUUCAAGCCCUGAACUCGUUCAGAAGACCAGCUUUCAUACCUGUAAGCUGUACCCUCCCUAUGAUGCGUAUACGAAUACUUUGGUUCAAGGCCCCAACGAGCUUCAGUGUCUAAUUUAAUAAGUUGAGUUCAAGGCCCCAACGAGUCACAAUAUUGGGAUUAAAUUGUCGCUUCAGUGUCUAAUUUAAUAAGUUCAGUCUCAGCAUUCGAAACAAUGACCGAGUUACUUAUUCAGUUUAGUUAAUUUAACCCUCCCAAAUUAGAGUAAGAAUCUGCUUAACAUUGAAGCUUAGGUCUCUGACCACGAUUAUUGACAUUGAGGAGCAGGUGAGGCGAGGACCUGCUUUCAAAAGAAAGCAUGUGGAGGGUUUAAUGAAUUCUUUUAAUGCCAAAAUUGCCCUAUUUUAUUUUCUUUAAUGACGACGCUUGUCCCUCCGGUUACACGAUCACUCCUGUUCUCUCAUUUCUUUUGUCUUCGUAUUUUCUCAACCUCCGCCGUCGUCACCAGACUCACCACUCAACUGCCAGCCUUCUGCCUUCCGGCCAGAUCUCCCGCUCCGGCCAUCGCUCUGCUUUUCGUUCAUCUGUCGCUGCCUUCGAACACCAAAAACAAAGAGGCGAAAAUUCCCCCUUCCGCUGCUCACCCACUUGACGGAGGCCGGAGCUAAACAACACCAGGGUAAUUCAGAAUGCAAAAAGAAUAAUUUCAAUCAAUCGACAUCAGAAUAUGUCAUUCUUGAAGCAUGUUUGGGGUGAUGUUGAGAGACAAUUUUGUGCUUCAAUAUCACAUAGUGGUUUAACUUUUCCAGGGCUCCUUACAGUACACCAGAGCCAAAGAUUGAUCCGCUCUAUUGUAACAAGCAUGGCAGUAGUCUUCAGUUACACAGCCUGCAGACAGCUGUCACAGAUGUUCGCGGCGAUAAUCUUUUUUCACGGUUCUGAAUACAUUUUAGCAGUUGGCAUUCACGGGAAAUCAAAUGUCACUCUGAAAUCUCUUCUGAUCAGCAAAAACUAUCUGGUUGCAAUGAUUUUUUCCUUGCUGGAGUACUUAAUAGAAUAUAUUUUGUUCCCUGGUAUGAAGGAACACUGGUGGGUCAGCAACUGGGGCCUUGGAAUGCUUAUAAUAGGGGAAAUCAUUCGGAAGAUGGCAAUAAUUACAGCUGGUCGGUCCUUCACACAUCUCAUCAGGGUUCAUCACUCAGAGCAUCACCAAUUGAUUACAAAUGGAAUUUAUAGAGUUGUUCGGCAUCCUGGUUACUGUGGUUUCUUCAUAUGGUCAGUGGGCACUCAGAUAAUGCUUUGUAAUCCCAUAUCAACAAUUGCAUUUGCACUUGUAGUUUGGCGCUUCUUUGCGCAAAGAAUACCGUAUGAAGAGUAUUUCUUGAGGCAGUUUUUUGGGUCGCAGUACGAGGAAUAUGCCAGACGAGUUCCUGCCGGGGUGCCUUUUAUAAAGUGAAGAUCCGAGGGAUUCUGUGGGAAGGGUUGAAUUCCUCUUGCCUCACUCAUCUUGCUUCUGCUAGAUUGUAGAAUAGUGUUGUCUUCUUUAGCUGAUAAAUGGGUUGCAGGUGAGACUGAGAAUGUAUCAGCCAAUGUUUUGUAAGGCUUGUCCACGAGACUUAAAUUCACAUGAAAACUUAACAUUUUUAAUCUAUAUGUUUACACACGCAGACAAUGCGUUGUUGGUGUUUGGUUUCCACC